GUAAUGGAUACCUUUUGAAUUGUUUACAAUAGCUUUAGCUAAAAAUGAUAGUAAGUCCUCAGGAAUAUGCAGCUUUCUUGAACAUACGGAGUGUGACAGCUUCUUGUGCCCGUGGCUGUGCUCUAAGGAAUCAGCGUCGAUAUGUUGAAGAUAGAACAUGUCAUCGUCGGUGGUGAAGUUAAAUCCACCCCAAAGGAGAAGAAAGCAGAGACGCUGGUCGGCCCCGUGCAGUCCUAUCAGCAUGAGAGCUUGCAGUGUUUUCUGUGCUUCAUCACCUUCUGCAACGCCAAAGCCAAGGAAAGACACAUGAGGAAGAGUCAUCGGGAGCUGUACAAGAUGCAGUUGCAGGGGACUGAUACACUCUUCAGUUGCUACCAGUGUGAGAAAAGCUUCUCGUCCUCUGAGUUGCUCAGCCAGCAUCAGGUCAUUCACAAUACAGAGGAGAAGCCUUUCCGCUGUACUUACUGCCAGAGGAACUUUCCUACCUAUGCUGAGGUAAACAAACACAGGCGUGUUGAUUGCAUAGAGAGGCGGUUUCCCUGUGGGGAAUGUGGUGCCCUGUUCCCUAGUACUUCACGACUUCGCCAUCAUCGCCUCACGGCGCACAGCCAGGGCUCAGAAGUGGCUGAUGAUGUCCACACCUAUCAGUGUGCUAAAUGUAGUCGUGGUUUCCAAACAGAAAAAGAACUCCUGCAGCACCAGGAGAUGUUUGCUAAUAGAAUAAGGUGUGGCAUAAAGCCCCCAGGCAAAAAACGAGGCCGUAAACCGAAGAAUGCAGCUCAAGGAGAGCUGGUUGACAACAAGAAAAUCAAACCUGGAGAUGAUUCAGGGGAAGCACACAAUGACUCUACAACAGAGGAAACUUUGUCUAAUGAGCUGCAAACAGAGCUCAAGAUUCCCUGUCCUGAAUCAGACUGUGACCUCACAUUUCCCUCUGUUACAGCCCUGCGGGCGCACAAGAGAGAGGAUCAUAAGCAAGCCUCUCACAAACCUUACUCAUGCUUAGAGUGUAAUGAGAGCUAUGCUGAACCCGAGCAGCUCAAAGCCCACAUGUCCCAGGCUCACUGCUCUGAAUACACCUGCCCCACAUGUGGAAAGAGCUUGGAAACAGAGGGUGAUCUGCAGAUCCAUCAAUACACCCACUCUGAGGGAGAGGAGGCAGCAGAAAAAAGAUAAUGUACAGAGAAGACAGCAACUUUAUCCUACAUCAUUCAGUGAAAUAGUUGUUGGAAUUUUUCAGCCUUAUUCUCUUUUGUGUAGUAGAUAUGUGGAUAAUUUGGGUUAAAAAUUUGAUGGAAGGUUAUGCAUCACAAUGGAAUUGUGGAGAUUUUUGUCCGGAGUGACGUUUUUAAGUUGCUUUUAGAAUGACAUCAUACACUUGUGAAGAAAACAAUGUACGGACCUGUACAUAAAUAUUGUAACAAAGCAAUGACUACGAAAAAUGUCCACUUAGAGCUCAUGUCAAAAGAGCCUUUUGGUGUUGAUAUUACCUCUAUUAUACUAGUAAUGUUGUAUAUUGACAGAAGAGGAUCUCACCAAUUCACACUCAAUUGGAGGAAUGUUUUGUAUUAAACUGUACUGUAUUAUUUUCACAAAUUCAUAAAGGUUUAAAUUAGAGAAAGAAUGCAAGUCCUGGAAAUCUACAAUCUAAAAUCUAAUACGAGGGCCACUGUAUGCUAUCCUGUGCUUUUAUGCUUCCAAUGAUGUAAUCUUGGGAUCUUAAUUCUUUUGCAAGAAGUAAAUUGUUACCCUCAAACAUUUAAGGUGUAUUUUCUUAGUCCUCUUGUAUGUUUUUUGAUAUUGAUGACAAGCAAGUUUGUGGUGGUCUGUCAGCCAAGUGAGGGUCAAGAGACUAUUUUGUGCUUAUGCAAGCAAAAAUUUGAAGGCUACAAACAUUUUUAAUCGUUGUCAUUUUUUCUGAUUGUAGUGUACAGAAUGAUAAAGAUAGAAUUUUUAGAAAUCCAAAAUAAAAUGGGACUGUUUAAGUUGCAUUUAUGUAGUUUCAUAAGUAGUAGGACUUUAAGAUAUUUGCUCUUCUGGCUAAAGACACACUACCUGAACAUAGAAAAAGUAAUACUGAAAGUGCUAAUUUUGAC